AUGCGGACAUCAUCUUUACUCGCCCUCGGCGUCAGCGUCCUCGCAUGGACAACAAGUGCCGCCGGCCUCACCAAGUCUGCAGGCUCCGCGCCGUACUGCCCUCCUCGCCCAGCAACGCCAAAGGAGCAAAAGGUCAUUCUCGGAGAGUUCAUGCAAGCCUUCUACGAAGAACGAAACGCAACCAAGGCCCUGCUGAACCACGUCGCCGAGGACUACAUCCAGCACAACCCCAGCGCCCUGUCCGGUCGGACAAACUCGCUCGGCGUCCUCCAGCCGUUCAUCUCCCCGAAGACGGUCAACUACACCAUCAUGCAUAAGAGCUUCCAGGACGAUAUUGCGUUUAUUCACUACCGCAUGGAUCUCGUGGGCGGUGGGCAGCCAUUUGCCGUGGUGGAUGUGUUCAGAUUCAACGGAACUUGCGUGAUGGAACAUUGGGACGUGGCGCAGCAGCGAACUGCCAACGCGACAAAUCCGCUUGCAUUGUUUUAG